GUGUUUGUAGACGCAUUAAGGACUGAUAUGGCAACAUAAGAGUGUUUGCUUACAUAAAGCCGAACAAUAGAGCGCUGGCUGCGACCCACCGUAGCUCCGUGUCAUUCAAUAUUACACCGCGUAUUUGUCGCGACCACUCACCACAAUGUGACGGACCAAAGGACUCGCUAUUGAAAACCUAACAAUGACUCUGAGGUGACCUAUAAAACAUUAAUCUAACAAUAUUUGCUCUCAACCAAAGAAGAAAGACUUUACAAAUGGACCAGUCGGAGAAAAUAGACGCAAAGAUGGCAAACGGAGAGACAACAGAAGUCUUGCCCCUGAAAAGGGAGGUCAAAAUUGACGUGGAGAAUAUGACGUUGGUAGAGAAACUUAAAUAUAUGCGUUCAAAUAUAACGGUUGAGCCGGUGCUAGCGUUAUUUGUGAUGCCAAGUGUUUUGGCGAUGUUAGCAACCCUCAACUUGAACUUGGACAAAGCUUGUCGGGUCAACUUGCGGUUCGAGGACAGUGUGUGUACGGAUCUGUUGCGCAGGAAGAGAGCAAACCAUACGUUUGAAGAGGAUGAGGUGCAGAAAUUGAUAGCGUCCGUGCAGGCGUGGAAAAGUGUGAUACAGACGGCGGUACCGACGAUACUGAUGCUGUUUAUGGGUGCCUGGAGUGAUAAGACGGGUCGCCGCAAGAUUUGCAUGCUAAUGCCCAUCCUCGGGGAAGUCUCAACGUGCAUUUUAAACAUGAUAAACACGUACUUUUUCUACGAAGUCUCGGUGGAGUGGACAGUGUUUAUGGAGGUGGUAUCGCCAGCGCUGACAGGGGGCUGGUACACCAUGUUUCUGGGAACAUUUAGUUAUUUGGGAGAUAUAACAUCUAGGGAAACAAGGACGUUCCGUUUAGGUAUUUUGAGUUUGUGCAUGACAGUCGGGUUUCCAAUCGGGAUGGGGUUAAGUGGCGUCCUGUUGAAAUAUUUGGGUUAUUAUGGUGUGUUUUCUAUCGCGGGAUCUCUUCAGGUUGUUAAUCUGUGUUAUGUUUUGUUCACUAUUGAUGAUCACACGUGGCUUGAGAAUAAAGACAAGGUAAAAAGAACGGGUUGUGCAGGAUUCUUCAUAGAAUUUUUCGAUUUCAAAAGUCUUAAACAGACGAUGGAAAUUGCCUUUAAGAAGGGACCCAAGAACAGAAGAUUACGGAUAUGCCUCAUACUAUCAGUUGUGUGUCUGACCUUCGGACCUAUGUGGGGUGAGCUGAGCAUAAUGUACAUAUUCACCCGUUAUCGUUUCAACUGGGAUGAAGUGAAGUACAGUAUAUAUUCGACGUAUGCGCUCGUUACGCAUUCUCUCGGGACAUUAUUUUCGAUAAGCGUGUUCAGUAAGAGGAUGAAGGUUGACGACUCAGUUCUGGGCAUGGUGUCUACGAGCAGCAAGAUCUGUGGAGCGCUGGUGCUCGCUUUUGCCAGGAACAGCGUCGAGGUCUACUUCUCUCCACUGGUAGAAAUACUGAAUGGAACAACGACUAUCGCUCUCCGGUCUAUCGCGUCCAAGUUAGUCUCAUACCAGGAGUUGGGUAAAGUGUACUCGUUAUUCGGCUUGGCUGAGACGGUGAUGCCUCUGGUCUUCGCGCCGCUCUACUCCCGAGUCUACAUCGCGUCGCUGCAUGUGUUACCGGGAGCCGCCUUCCUGCUGAGCGUCCUCGCCACGCUACCCUGCUUGGGGAUAUUCGUUUGGUUCUACAACCAGCACCAGAAAGACAAGAAGGAGCAGCGAUUGGAGGUGCCCAUCACACCCUCACUAGCAACUCCCAAUCCACCUGGGGCGCAACUCAACUCUUAAGUUUGAAGCACACAGAUGCGACACUCGGAGACGAACCAGGAAUAAUUUGUUAUGUUCAAGUUUGUAUGCUCGCGUUCGAGGAGAUUUGAGGAGAGGCGUGCGUCGAAAAAAAAAACUGAUAUGAACUGAUGUGUACGGUCACGAGCAUUAAUAUGUAUAUGUAUACACUUUGGUACCAUGUCGAAUUAACUUUUUUGACAAAUUGAACUAUAAGUGUCACUAAAUGUCAAAUAUGUUAGUGCGACAGAGUCUUACAGUGGGUACAUUAUAUUGCUCAUGACUGUACUCUACCUACUCAAAUCUGCGGCAGACGCAAACGGCGACGUGGAUGUGCAUCCACAUUGGAGUUAGUUUUCGUUGAGCAACUUUUCGAAUCUCUUCCCGGUUCUUCGACUUUCUUCCCGGUUCACCAUUUUUGUAGAAGAAUAAAGGCGAUAGAUCCCUAUAACUACUACUACGUACAAUGUAGUCACCCACUGCUGGGUAUAGACCUUCUCCCUCUCACUGUGCAAGUCUCAUCCUCUGCUUUCUGGUAUACCUCCAAAAGUCCUCCGAGCAUCGGGCUGGGGUUCUGCCUCGAUACCGUAUACACCAUCCCAUGGCCACCAUUCCAUAACCGCCUAUUCCAUCUGUUGUUUUCUCAUCUCCACGAAUCAUAUAACUUCUUCUUCUCUGCUGUUGUGUGGGUUGUGAGGUGGAUGACUAACCUCAUCAACCCUGGUGUCAGGGUUAUUAUUGGGCCGCCAAAGGCCCCUGACGUGAUUCAUGUAACGGCUACGUACUCACAUCAGUAAGUAGUAACCGGGACCAACGGCUUAACGUGCAUUUCGUUAAAAGUAAUCAUCUUACUUUUUGGAAAAUCAGGGGGGUUAAAAGGGCCACAAUGAAGCAAUUCAUGUAAAAAAGCAAUAUUGCUAUUUGACAUUUGUGUGCAUUGCACACUUACUUUUAUAUGCGCAAAUGUCAAAUUGCAUUAUUGCUUUUUUAGAUGAAUUGCUUUUUAACCCCCCAGGACUAUAACUACAAACGCCAAAUGAGGGUUAUACUUGAUUUAUACACUCCUACGCGUAUAAUAGUAAGAAAAUACGCGAACAAUUGGACCUAAGGAGAUAAGUGGUAAAAUGCAUUUGAAUUGCAAAUCAGCUGCAAAGUUGGGGUGACAAGCAGUUCAGCACAGUUGGUGCGAUUGCACCCCUAUCACCACUCAAGUAUAGAUCAAAAACAGCAAACUUGCAAAUCGCAUUAAUUCCAUUUUCUUAGCUGGGUAUUUUGAAACUUAGGACUUCAAGUAAACUACGGCCGCAAAUAUUAUCUCUAAAAUAAUGGACUACAUAACAAAAAAAAAUACCAUCACGCCAUGUAGCCACGAAGACGUCUGCAGGUAGAGGUGUAUUAUAGAAUUUAAUAUACAUUUUACCUAAAUACCGCGUUAAUGGUGGUCCUAAUAUAUUAUAUUUUGUUGUGGAUUAUUCAUUUUCAAAAUAUUUAAUAUUUAACGCCGAUACAACCAAUGCCACCUACAGGCGAGUUGCUGAACUAAAGAGACAAGCAUGAUAUUUCAAAAAAGUCAUUAAAAGUUCUGGUAUUCAUCGAUAGAUGGCAAAACUAAAAAGUAUCACCGCUGUGCCGGUCGAAGUGGGGGGUGUUAGUUUAUAUUCGUUACGGAAAUUCUGGAUUCGGUCUCCACGCUCAAGGCCCGUGAUAGAAGCUAUUCUUAAAAACGUUUUUGUCACUUAAUUCUGUCUUUAUUUGUAAAUCUGUGAGUACUUGCUGCUUACAGCAAUUUCUGGCAAUAAAGAGAAUUGUAAUAAAGAGAAUUGUACCUACGCAUAUUAAUAUUUGGUCCUUUGUCCCGAUCUGGCAACGUUUGGAAUUUUGAAAAAGAGGGGGAGGACAGAGGUGUGUUGUGUGUGUGUCACGAAUUGAGUCUUCAUAAAAGACUGGAUAUGGUGAUCGUCAAUUCGUCACUCAUCCAUAGAUACGUCACGUAUCAGCGUUGAAUACACAAACGUGGACCCGUAGAAUAUUAUAGCAUUUUUGAACUAUUUAAAUAAUUAAACAAGCACUAAGAAGAGGUUUUUUAGAAAUUCUAUCCCUACAAAUUAUUGUAUGUAUUUGACAAUUACUCCCAAUUAAUGAUCCGCUUAAAGAUGUUUUUUAGGUUGAAGUGAGAUUUGGAACGUUAUGUUUCCUGUAAAUAAAUAUUAAAUCAUAGUGGUCCCUGGGCAAUAAAAGGUUGCAAACCACUGCCAUGGAAGUGAAACAUUUUCCACAACGACAUAAUCGCAGGUAAAAGCCAGCAAUCUAUUUUAGUAUUUUAGUGAUUUAGUAUAGAGCGUGUAACUGUAAAUACUUAGUAACUUAGUUAAUAUUUUGUUAUUGUUCGUCACUUUACUAAUGGAGUAUGUUAAGAAUUUGUCAUAUUAAUAAGUUAAAAUUGUAAUUGUGAUAUUUUUAGAGGGUUAAGAUAAAAUUGAAGGUUCCCAAG